CGUGAUUCUGCAGCUUCGACAUUUCUGGCCAAUUGUGGUGUCGCUGGAGCGCAUGACCGGCUGUCGAAGCGGGGUCUAAGAGAGCCAACGACUUAAUGAGAGGGGUUGAGAGUUCUCAAGCUCUGCUGGUGGUCGGCGAUGUUGGUGAUGAAAUCGAGGUGGCUUUGUGCGCUAUGGCGACGAUCAGGAUGGCGGGGUAGGAGAGGAGUCGAUAUGAAGAGCUGCUGUGCGUCUGGAGCAUAUUAAGCGUGCUCAAGGGAUUGUUUUUCUCCUUGAUGGCUUGCUGUCCUUAAACUGCAUCCAACGUUUGCCCCUGACAAUCGCGUCUGCCCUGGAUCAGAGGACGAGCGCUACACACCAUGGCGACCACCGAACUGCCCGUGAUCAGCAAGGCUCCUUCGAGUUCAGAUCCAGCCAUCUACCAGGAGUACGAGUCAAAAUGGGCGACACUUCCUGAGGAUGCCGAAGGCUGGCUGCAGCGCGCCCGGGACGUCGCUGCCGUCCUGGCCGUCGACGCCGCAGCUCGUGAAAAGGCGAACAAGUCGCCCAGGGCUGAAGUCGCGCUGCUCAAGCACUCCGGCCUGCUCAAGGUUCUCGGCCCCAAGAAGUACGGCGGUGGCGAGCAGCCAUGGAGCGUGGGGUACAAGGCGAUCCGUGAGGUUGCCAAGGGGGACGGCUCCAUCGGCAUGCUUCUGGGCUACCACCUCCUCUGGUCGCGCACCGCCGACGUGGUCGGCAACGAGGAGCAGGCGGACCGCUUCCAGAAGCUCAUCAUCGAGAAUAACUACUACGUUGGCGGCGCCGUCAACCCGAGGGACAGCGACCUGAAGAUCACCUACGACGACGAGAAAAUCACGUACAACGGCUUCAAGAACUUCACCACGGGAGCUGCGGUCUCGGAUCUGAUCGUGCUGGAGGGCGCCGUGGACGGCCGGCCGCCGGAAGAGCACAUCUUCGCGAUCGUGCCGACCGCACAGGCCGGGAUUGUCUUCAGCUACAACUGGGAUAACAUCGGCCUGCGGCUGACCGAGUCCGGCGCGGCCAAGAUUGAGAAUGUGUCUGCCCCCUGGGCGGAUGCGUUGGGGUGGGAUGCGGCCACGAAGAAGCCGGAUCCCGCCGUGCUGGGGAUCGCGUUCCCCUCGCUCUUGCUGCCCAGCAUCCAGCUCGUCUUCACCAACUUCUACCUCGGCAUCGCCUUUGGCGCCCUGGAUUUCGCCAAGAACUACACCAUCACCCAUACCCGACCAUGGCCGUACGGCGGUGACCCCAAGCCUUCAGCCACGGACGAAUUCCACAUCCUCUCGAUCUACGGCAACUUCUUCGCGCACCUGCGCGCGGCCGAGGCGCUGGCGGACCACGCCGGCGCGGAGGCCGACCGGGUAUACGGCGCGUACGGCGGCGGCGGCUUGGCGCGCCGCGCCGAGCUCACGCCGCGCGAGCGCGGCGACUGGGCCGAGUGGGUCGCCAGCGCCAAGGUGGUGGCCACCGACACGGGCCUGCGCGUGACCGCCGGUGUGUUCGAGGUCACGGGCGCGCGCUCGACGACCAGCAAGGUUGGCCUCGACAGGUUCUGGCGCGACCUGCGCACGCACACGCUGCAUGAUCCGGUCGCGUACAAGAAUAGGGAGCUGGGCAGGUACGUCUUGCUCGGGGAGGUGCCGGCGCCCACGUGGUAUACUUAGAGGUCGCCUGGGGGGAAGGGGUCCGGAGGCUGGUUCCGGGGGCCACGGGGUUGAUAGUCAGUAGGUAGGACGUUGGAUGGGUAGAUAGCCAUGCUGGUCAUUUAGUUGACCCAUUCCGUUCCGUCUCUCGUCCUCU